AUGUCAACAGGAAAUUUGAUUUUAAAGUUGUUACCAGUCCUCUCGUCGAUGAAUGGUACCGUGAAGUACUCGAUCAUAAGAGGAGAUGAGAGUCUUUUUAAAGUUGAGCAUCAUCUUGGUACUAUGUUUCUUCNGGGACAGAGGAACAAGUUUUACCGACCAAACCCAAACCAAUACCGCCGUGUGCCACAAGUAAACCAGAACUAUCAGUACCAACAACAACAACAACAAAGAUAUCCACAAAGUAACCAACAAUAUAGACAAAACUACCAACAAUACAACCAACAACCAUACCAACAACAAAAUCAAAGACCAUAUCGUCAACAAAGCCAGCAACCCUACCAACAACAAAACCAUCAGCCCUACCAACAAGCCAACCGACAAAACAACCGACAACCUUUCCAACAGAGGUAUCAGUACAAUUUCCCUCAGUCUGGAAGCUACUCCUAUAAAUACUCCUCGUCGCAGUCAACCUUCACAGGGAAUGGCGGCCGUCGUCGGCGUUCACACCUAGGUCACAGGUCUUCGCAUGUUGAGAUCCGUCACAGGAUGUCAACAGGAAAUUUGAUUUUAAAGUUGUUACCAGUACUCUCGUCGAUGAAUGGUACCGUGAAGUACUCGAUCAUAAAAGGAGAUGAGAGUCUUUUUAAAGUUGAGCAUCAUCUUGGUACUAUUUUUCUUCGAGCUCGCGAGACUCUUCAGCCUGGGGAAUUCCAUACUGUGUGGCUGAAGGCAAAGUCUAAGAAGGUAGCCCGAUCGAAGAAGACGGGAAAGAAGGAACCUAAGGGUAUGGAACAAGAAGAAAGUCAUGAAGUCAAUAAGAAAACAAAGGGAAAGGUUGACGAUGAAGAGCAAAACGACAAGAAGUUAGCGGAGAAACAACAAAAAGAAACUAAAAUCCAGAAAGUCRAGAARGAGUYGGAGGAAAAUAAAAUACAAAGAAGUGAAAAGAAAGUGGAAGAACAAAUUAAAGAAGAGGAUAAAGUCCAGAAGCAAAACGAGCAGGAGAAAAUUAGAGAAGAUAAAAUACAGGAUGGAUACAAAACGACCAGCAAAUUACAAUCAAAAGGAAACGAUAAAGUAGAAAAACAAACUAAAAAGAAGAAAGAUAAGAAGAGAAAAACGUCGAAGAGGCUGCUUGGAGUGAGAGAAUCCAUGCGAUUUAUACUAAAGCUUAGAAUUGAAGUAGUUUAAAGUAGAAUUAGUUUUAUCCUUUGUUGAGAAUUCAUGGUGAGCAUUGUGCUAUAGACCUCUCGCAUCUGGGAAACAAAACAAAGAAUUUUUUGCAAUCUUGGGAAUUAAUAUGCAUGUGUUUUCCUGUUUGAGAAAACAGGGUCAAUCUCAUGAACGACAGCGAGUUUAAUGAAAAGAUUGCAGUGGGGUUUUCCGUUAAUUUUACUAAUGUCUAUAAUGUAUGGUAAUGUAUGGUAAUGGCUAUAUAGCAAUGAUAGAGAGUUAUAGUCUUUAAUACAGCCUCCCAAAUACUAUGCGCAAUAAAAUUUGAUUCAUCCACCUUAAUAAAUAUAAUUUUUCGUCAAAACAGUUAUAAAGGCCCCGAUAGAGUGGUUUUCAUUAACCCGUGAAACAUACUUUAGCGUAUUUAUCGCUAUUACACUUUGUCUCUUUUGUUUUUUAUUGUCUCUACUCGACUAUUACGAUCUAUUACACUCUAA